AUGAAGAGUAAAUAUGGUGAACAGUCUAUACCAUUCCGUAUAAUUUUACCGCCAACAUCUCCUUCUUCAGUUACGAUUCAACCGAAUCCUGCCGAAGGUCAUAAGCCUUAUGGUGUUAGUUAUGAAUUGACUGCAUUUAUCGGCAGACGAAUCGAUGACAAUCAACCGACAAGGUCUACAGUCACAAUUGUCCUAAGAAAGCUUUUUGUUGGACCAAAGUUGUCAUGUCGUCCUUUAUAUCCUGUAGAGGAAUCAAUUAUGAAGACUAUUAGUCCAAAUUGUUAUUCUGGAGAAUUGCUUAUUCAAGCUAGCAUUGAUAAACCGCUUUACUAUCAUGAUGAAUUAGUGAAUGUAUCAGUUGUACUGGAUAAUAUGUCUCAGUUACCUGUGAGAAAAUUACAAAUAGCAAUUGUACAGGUGGCUGAAAUGUACCUGCUGACCAAGGGAACUUAUCGAUCGACAGUGGAUGAUCAUUACUGCAAAGAGAGUCUACCACAAGCUGGACAACAAAAAUGGAGGUAUACCACAACUAUGAGCACCAGUUUAACAGAUAAACUGCUAAAACGUGGUGUUGCAUUAGACGGCUAUAUAAGACAAGAAAAGAAUUGGUUAGCUUCAUCGACAAUACUGAAGUUAUCUUCAAAUCUACCAAGUUGUCUAGAAAUAAUGCAAAAAGUGAACAGAACAGUAGGAGAAGUUUCAGAAAUGACAAUCAAUGCUAAAAAGGAAUUACAUGGGAUUGUAAUCUCUUACUACGUUCGUGUCAGAUGUUGGAUUGGUAUUAGUCGAGUUUCUCUCUACGUACCAUUUUUACUAAUGCAACCAGAGAAGGAGUCGGAGCAAAUUGAUGAAACCAGUUAUAAAAAAAUUCAUAAUGUUCACGUUGAUGUUAUAGAUAACCAGCAGCCAGAAGUCUAA